AUGAGUAAUAAUAAUAACAAAGAGGAAGAACAACUUUUACAAGAUGCAUCGACUUUAUUAAUGUUUGCUAAUGUGGCAGCUAAACAACAACAAGAACAGCUUGGACAUAAGGCAUCACCAACACCGCCACCUUCACAAAUGCCAGUCCCAACUUUACAAUCGAAUCCACAGUCUCAACAUUCAUCAAUAUCGCCUCCGAGCCUGUUUCAGCCUUUGAGAACACCACAACAACCCUUUGGGCAACAACUUCAACUGCCGUUGCAACAACAGCAGAUCCCUAAUCAUUCACAGCCAUACCAACCACAGCAUCAUAUAUAUAAUGGUAAUAACUCACCUCAAACGGAUAGAAUACAGGAAACAUUUAAAUUACAGCAGACAUACAUAACAUCAGGAGGCAAAGUAACUCCUCCUUCACAUGCCAAAUCUUUACCUGAAUCAUCCAGGUCAUCUAUUUCGGAUCAUGCGAUGAAACCAACUGACUCUGCUCAAUAUCAUGAACGAGGGUUACCAGUACAUAGUAAUUUUGUUCAGCAAGGACACAAGCGAUCAUUGUCAUCUCCGGGAAUGGAGGCAACGUCAAUGACUCAAAGCCCACCUAUAUUGAGUAGCCAUUCUCCAGGUCCUGCAAGUAUUGCUUUGUCACGAGGAAUUAAUAUUGAAAGCGGUAAGCGGAAUAAUAAUAAUGCCAUGAUUGCAGCUGCUGCGCUAGCAGCUGCAGCUGAUAUUCCUUUGCCAUUAAUUAAAAAGAAUGAAGAAUCAGUAAAUCAGCACAGUGAAAUGCAGCCUGAAAAAUCGUUGCCUGAGGCUUCAUCGCUGGUGAAGGAUGAAAGCAUGAUUGAGAAUCGAGCAGAUGAAUCAGUUAUGACGGAACCAGAGGAAGAAGAUAUAAAUGAAACAGACGACGAACAGCAGUCAAAACCGAACACAGAUGUCAAAUCUCCUGGUAUAAACAAUAAUGAUAUGGAAACAGUACAUAUUAAGAAAAAGGCGGAAGAAGAAAAACUUCAUACGUUACCUUCAAAAACCUUGACUCCAACGCCGAUUGAAGCUGAUGAUAAAACUAAUUUAAUCUCCGAAUCAGCCACUAAAGCUGAACCUGAAAUCUCUACUAAAGUACAGUUCAGACCACCACCGUUGUCCUCUUACCAAGUGGAUCCAGAUGCGGGACUUAUAGGAUGUAUAUGUGGUAUUGAAGAUGAUGAUGGGUUUACUAUACAAUGCGAUGUAUGCUUUCGCUGGCAACAUUGCUUAUGUAUGGAUUUUGGAACCAAUGAUGAAGUUCCUGAAGAUGAGUAUAAAUGUUAUUAUUGUGAUGAAGCAAAAUGGGGCAAAUUCGACGCUGAUCGGUGUAGGUCGAGUACCUUGAAAAGGUUGGAACUUGAGAAAAUAUCUGAUAAAAACGAGCAAACUGAAGAUAUUAAGCCAUCAAACAAGAGGAAGCAUCUGAGUUCUGAUUCUAAAAACGAAGAAAAAAAGAAAAGAAAAUCAACGGAGAAACAUAGUGACAAUAAUCAAGAGAAGAAUGAUGACAAAAAGCCGUUUGCAAAGCUGGAAACGAAUAAUUCUACUAAUGAUACCAUAGUUUCUGCCACUGAUUUUUUACCAAAUAAGAGUAAUGAAUUGCUAGAUAACGGGAUUUCAGCAGAACCAUACCAAUCUGUGUAUUAUAAAUUAAAAGGUAACGAUUAUAAGAAAACUUCUGUUAAGUCUUUACUAGAUAAAAUUGGUACUCAGUUCUAUAAUAAAUUUUGUCAAUUAAACAAAAAUGAACAAGACUUAUGUUCACUACAAGUAAUGGCAUCCAAUGAAUUUAAGAAUUUAAAAUUCAGCAGUAUAGUACUACCAAAUCAAGAUGCAUAUCUACGGGAAAAUAAAGAGUUGCGUAAAAAACAAAAGAACUGUAAUGGAACAUCUAUCCAGGUCAAAUUAUAUGCCGAAAAUCAGAAACAAAAGUUCAAUGGCAUUACAAGGUAUGGUGUAUUUAUAACAGACAAAGCCCUUAAAUAUGAAAAAGAAAUAACCAUACCUCAAGAAACACCAAUAAUUGAAUACUUGGGCGAGAUCGAUUUGUUCGAUAAUUACAAAAAUGACCAAAUAAACCAAUAUUCGGCUUUUGGAACUCCCAAGCCAAAAGUUCUCAAGGUUAAUAUGAAGAUAUUGUCAAGCGAAGAAGAAAAUGAAUCAUUAGAAAUUGUAUCGGAUUCGAGGUUUGUUGGUAAUGAAUCGAGGUUUAUCAGAAAAGCAUGUCCAGCAACAAGCAAUUGCAAAAUCAAGCCAAUUUACAUUCCAGAAACUAACUCUUUUAGGCUCUUGGUCGUCACAUCUAAACCAAUUGUAUUGUCUUCCAAUACAAAUGAAGAGGAGUUAAGGCUAGAUUGGGAAUGGGAUUACCUUCACCCAAUAAGAAGGAUGAAUGCCGCUAAAAACUCGAAAUCCCAAGAUCCUGUCGAACCACUCAAGUUUGAACAAUUUUCUGACCAUGACAAAGCAUAUUUAAUAACGUCGAUUGAUAAUAUACUUCAUUUUGUUGAAUGUGGGUGCAGUACCGCCGGUUCUGGGAUAAUACAAAAUGGAUGUGCGAUAUUCAAGGUGAAAAAGGCCACUUCCUAUCUUUUAAGAUCUACAAGAAAAGCAUCUAAUAUAAGUAACAUUAAUCUUUCAAAGUCUCGUGAGGAGUUGAUAAUUCCGAAAAAACAAAGAAAUUUCGUAUCAUGGGAAGAGAGGCUAGUAGAGAGAGAUAGAAUUAUUCAGAUGGAUUUGCAUGUUACAACCAAUGAAGGUAAUGUUGAUCCAAUAGGUGACAACCCUGAGAAUAACCAAGAGUCUAAUGAAGAUAAUGGUACGCUUAAACAAAAACAUGAUACUGCUAUUUCUAAUGAUUCAGAGGCUUCAAAUGAUCAUGCAUCUCUCUUCUUUACUCUUCCAUUUAAACACCAGCUAAUUGCUAAGGGUAAGAGGUUGAUAAAAAAGGUCGAACGCGAUGAGUUAAAACAUGACACAGAUAUGAAAACUGAUGUUGAGAAGAGUGUACCUGAGAAAAUGUCCGAAUUACUGUCAAUUUCGGUACCAGUUGUGCCUGAACUAGUUGUUAAAAUACGUCAAACCCUUGAUAAGGAAAUUCAGCCAAUUAAUGAAAUUAAGGAAGAUAUUGAAGCAGUGGAAACUACUAGCAAUGUUAAAGCCGAACCAGUCCUUUCUAAAUCGAAUAACUCGCUGUUUGUUACGCUAAAUUCGGUUGUAACUCCAACACAGUCAGCGGGCAAUAAAGCUGAGAAUUCAGGACUAUCGACUGUUGAUACAACAGAAGACAAGGCUAGCGAAGUACCACGACCUCUUCCUACAGUGAAGAAAUUAUCAUUUGCUGAUUAUAAAAAGAAAAUGAAGUAA